AUGAGACCUCGUAUCAGAGAUGCCUCAGACAAACUCCGGCCAAACCGCGCCUCCUUCGACGACGACGGCGAAGGAAAGCUUCACCGGAAACACCCUCCGCCUCUCAGGACCAUGUUCGGCCGAUGGCGGAAAUGGACUGUUCUCGUGGCGGCGAUCUGGAUCCAAGCAUCGACGGGGACUAACUUCGAUUUCUCGGCGUACUCCUCUCAUCUUAAAUCAGUACUCGGAAUUUCUCAGGUGAGGUUGAAUUACCUCGCGGUGGCUUCUGAUUUGGGUAAAGCCUUCGGUUGGUCUUCCGGGAUCGCUCUAGGUUAUUUCCCUCUCUCCGCCGUUCUUUUCGCCGCGGCGGGUAUGGGAUUCGUUGGCUAUGGUGUUCAGUGGCUCGUCAUCACCGAAAUCAUCACUCUGCCUUAUUUUCUGGUCUUCUUCUGCUGUUUGUUGGCUGGAUUAAGCAUAUGUUGGUUCAACACAGCGUGUUUCAUCCUCUGCAUCCGCCAUUUCCCCAACAAUCGUGCUCUGGCCUUAUCUCUUACGGUGAGCUUCAAUGGAAUCAGUGCAGCACUAUACUCACUCGCGUUCAAUGCAAUCAACCCGUCGUCCUCAAAUCUAUACCUUCUGCUGAACUCUCUUGUUCCCCUUAUCGUCUCCUUCGCUGCCCUUAUCCCAGUUCUCACUAAACCAUCUCUAGACCCUACACCGGACAGUGAGUCACGACGGCAUGACUCCAAUGUGUUUGCCAUUUUGAAUGUAUUAGCUAUCAUGACGAGCUUCCACCUCCUCUUAUCGAGUUCGAGUGCAUCGCCUGGUUUGCAUUUCACUGGAGCUAUCUUCCUUCUUGUGUUCCCCUUGUGUGCUCCUCUUCUUGUUUAUGCUUGGGAUUACUUUCUUCCUGCCGUUAACCACCGUUUACACCAUGAAGCCUCUGGCUACGUUAUGCUUAACAUGGAUGAGCUCAAGAUGCAAAAAGCGUCUGUUUCCAGCAAUACUGAGUAUGAAAAUACGGGUACUGUGAGGCUCGGUGACGAACACUCGUUUCGGUUGCUCAUUAGUAGAUUGGAGUUUUGGUUAUACUACGUCACGUAUUUCUGUGGUGGCACAAUUGGCCUUGUUUAUAGCAACAAUUUGGGUCAGAUUGCUCAGUCUUUAGGACAAAGCUCUACAACCUUAGUCACAAUCUACUCUUCCUUCUCCUUCUUUGGCCGGUUGCUCUCUGCCGCACCAGAUUUUAUGAACAAGAGAUUUCGUUUGACAAGAACCGGAUGGUUUGCAAUCGCUCUCUUGCCAACUCCCAUCGCUUUCUUUUUACUGGCGAUGUCAUCUUUACAGCAAACAGCAUUGCAGACCGCAACCGCGUUAAUCGGUCUGAGCUCGGGCUUCAUAUUUGCGGCUGCUGUAUCCAUAACAUCUGAUCUCUUUGGACCUAAUAGCGUAGGUGUUAACCACAACAUUCUCAUCACAAACAUACCAAUCGGCUCGCUGUUAUACGGUUUCAUCGCUGCCUCCAUCUACGAAGCCAACGCAAGCCCUGAGAUAAGAACAGUCGUGUCGGACUCAGUCGUUUGCAUUGGGAGAGAUUGCUACUUCAAAACGUUUCUGUUUUGGGGUUGCUUGUCCCUUGUUGGCCUCGGUUCAAGUCUUUUGCUGUACAUGAGAACCAAACCGGUUUAUCACCGGCUUGAACAAGACCGAGUUCCAGUGACUUCAACGUACAAGGAUCUUGAUACUUUGUAA